AUGCAGGUCCCGUCUAUCGUUCAAACCACCCUCCUUCUGGCUCUUGGCUUCUCAAGCAUGGCAGCUGCUUGCAAACAAUCACAAGACUGUUGCUGGAAUGAUGUCAAGGGCUGUUUCAAUCAGCAUAGCCCGGCGCAGAAAACACUCUGCCAAACGGCUGAAUACGCAGCACAAUUCUGCACGAACUUUGGUGUCAAAUGCGACGGUGCGGACUGUUGUAGCAUCAGUACAGGAAAGGGCAGGGGUUGUCCUAAGUGA